AUGAAUCGAGCCGAGUCAAGCGGACUUGCUUUAAACCAAAUGGUCGAGCAGCAGAAGGACGAGAACCUGUUCCGGAGGCAGCGUCUCGAAAACUGGUCCAGCGGACGGAUCCUCAUGGUUAAGUGGACCCACCACACGCAAGCAAAUGACGUCUCUGUUUCUGACGAGGGCAUGAAGUGUUUGCAACACGUAAAGUGA